AUGAUUCCGGUGACAGAAUUCCGGCAGUUCUCUGAGCAGCAGCCUGCCUUCCGUGUGCUGAAACCGUGGUGGGAUGUGUUUACCGACUACCUUUCGGUGGCUAUGCUGAUGAUUGGUGUGUUCGGGUGUACUCUCCAGGUCAUGCAAGACAAGAUCAUCUGCCUUCCAAAAAGGGUCCAGCCUUCUCAGAAUCAUUCUUCCGUGUCCAAUGUCUCUCAAGCAGUUGCCAGCACCACCCCGCUGCCUCCCCCUAAACCGUCUCCUACCAACCCUGCCACCGUGGAAAUGAAAGGGCUAAAGACAGAUUUGGACCUCCAGCAGUACAGUUUUAUAAACCAGAUGUGUUACGAGCGAGCCCUCCACUGGUAUGCCAAGUAUUUCCCUUACCUGGUCCUCAUCCAUACCCUGGUCUUCAUGCUCUGCAGCAACUUUUGGUUCAAGUUCCCCGGUUCCAGCUCCAAAAUAGAACACUUUAUCUCGAUCCUGGGGAAGUGUUUUGACUCUCCUUGGACCACACGGGCUUUAUCGGAAGUGUCUGGGGAGGAUUCAGAGGAAAAGGACAACAGGAAGAACAACAUGAGUAGGUCCAACACCAUCCAGUCCGGUCCAGAAGGCAGCCUGGUCAACUCUCAGUCAUUAAAGUCCAUUCCUGAGAAGUUCGUGGUUGACAAAUCCACUGCAGGAGCUUUGGAUAAGAAGGAAGGUGAGCAAGCAAAGGCCUUAUUUGAGAAGGUGAAGAAGUUCAGGCUGCACGUCGAAGAAGGUGAUAUACUCUAUGCUAUGUACGUUCGCCAGACUGUGCUUAAAGUUAUAAAAUUCCUAAUCAUCAUUGGGUAUAAUAGCGCCCUGGUUUCCAAAGUUCAGUUUACCGUGGACUGUAACGUUGACAUUCAGGACAUGACUGGAUAUAAAAACUUUUCUUGUAAUCACACCAUGGCACACUUGUUCUCAAAACUGUCCUUUUGCUACCUGUGUUUUGUAAGUAUCUACGGGUUGACGUGCCUUUACACCUUAUACUGGCUGUUCUACCGUUCUCUACGGGAAUAUUCUUUUGAGUAUGUCCGGCAGGAGACUGGAAUUGAUGAUAUUCCAGAUGUGAAAAAUGACUUUGCGUUUAUGCUUCAUAUGAUAGAUCAGUAUGACCCACUGUAUUCCAAGAGAUUUGCGGUGUUCCUAUCUGAAGUGAGUGAGAACAAAUUAAAGCAGCUGAACUUAAAUAACGAGUGGACUCCCGAUAAACUGAGGCAGAAGCUACAGACAAAUGCCCAUAACCGGUUGGAAUUGCCUCUUAUUAUGCUCUCUGGCCUUCCAGACACAGUCUUUGAGAUCACAGAGUUGCAGUCUCUAAAACUUGAAAUCAUCAAGAACGUGAUGAUCCCAGCCACCAUCGCGCAGCUAGACAAUCUCCAAGAGCUCUCGCUACACCAGUGCUCAGUCAAAAUCCAUAGUCCGGCACUCUCUUUCCUGAAGGAAAACCUCAAGGUCUUGAGCGUCAAGUUUGAUGACAUGAGGGAGCUGCCCCCCUGGAUGUAUGGGCUCCGGAAUCUGGAAGAGCUCUACCUGGUCGGCUCUCUAAGUCAUGAUAUUUCCAAAAAUGUCACGCUUGAGUCUCUGCGGGAUCUCAAAAGCCUUAAAAUUCUCUCCAUCAAAAGCAACGUUUCCAAAAUCCCUCAGGCAGUGGUGGACGUUUCCAGCCAUCUCCAGAAGAUGUGCAUCCAUAACGACGGCACCAAGCUGGUGAUGCUCAACAACUUAAAGAAGAUGACCAAUCUGACAGAGCUGGAGCUGGUCCACUGCGACCUGGAGCGCAUUCCCCAUGCCGUGUUUAGUCUGCUCAGCCUCCAGGAAUUGGACCUCAAAGAGAAUAAUCUGAAAUCUAUAGAGGAAAUCGUUAGCUUCCAGCACUUGAGAAAGUUGACGGUGCUGAAACUGUGGCAUAACAGCAUCACCUACAUCCCAGAGCAUAUCAAGAAACUCACCAGCCUGGAGCGCCUGGCCUUCAGUCACAACAAAAUAGAGGUGCUGCCUUCCCACCUCUUCCUAUGCAACAAAAUCCGAUACUUGGACCUGUCCUACAAUGACAUUCGGUUCAUCCCACCCGAAAUCGGAGUUCUACAGAGUUUACAGUAUUUUUCCAUCACUUGUAACAAAGUGGAGAGCCUUCCAGACGAACUCUACUUCUGCAAGAAACUUAAAACUCUGAAGAUUGGGAAAAACAGCCUCUCCGUACUUUCACCGAAAAUUGGAAAUUUAUUAUUUCUUUCCUACUUAGACGUUAAAGGCAAUCACUUUGAAAUCCUCCCUCCCGAACUGGGUGACUGUCGGGCCCUGAAGCGAGCCGGGUUGGUUGUGGAAGAUGCUCUGUUUGAAACUCUGCCUUCUGAUGUCCGGGAACAAAUGAAAGCAGAAUAACUUAUUUUCCUUAAAGCUUGACUGAAACGUGCUUCUACCAAAUACAGUAUAAAUAAUUAGGUAGUCUUAAUGCCUUUCCUAUUUUAUUUUUAUUUUUUUUUCUUUUUCACACAAAACAAAAUGUACACAAAGAUUGA